UAAAUUUAUGAAACCGUUUGGACCGCGACCGCGGGAGGCGUUUAUAUUCACGGGAGACUACUCUAACAAAAUUUGCACCCAAGAAACAGGAACUCUACUGUUAAGGUAGCUGGCUUUACUGAACCGACAAGUUCCAUCUUAACCUGAAUUUAUUGACAUGAGUUACCCUUACCCUGGAGGAGGUAACCCUGGUUACCCAGGCAGUGGUGGAUAUGCCCCACCCCAGAUGGGCGGAGGUUAUCCUCAGCAAGGUGGGAUGCCACAGCCUGGUGGGAUGCCACAGCCUGGAGGAAUGCCACAGCCUGGUGGCUACCCACAACCAGGUGGUGGAUACCCUCAGCCAGGAGGAGGAGGUUUUCAGCAGCCACAGGGCUUUGGGGGUAUGGGUAUGCCGACCCCAGAGUCUGCCUCUGCAGCAGCCUAUGGACAGUCUGGAACCCCAGGAGGGAUGCCUGGUUAUCCUGCUCAGCCACAACCUGGAGGCCUAGGCUUUGGAGGAGGAUCUGCUCCACAGUCAGGUCCAGGGUUUGGAGGGGCUCCAGGUUAUGGUGCACCUCCUGCGGGCUAUACUGGAGCACCCCCUCCUCAACCAGCUGUGCCUGGAUACGGUCAGCAUCCUCAGCAACCAUACCAGUCCAACGCCCCAGCACCAGCGUAUGGUUCAAGUCCAGGAUACCAACCCCAACAGCAACAGGGAUUUGGCCAGCCACAAACACAAGGGUACAACCAGCCCCCUCAACAGGCAUACAGCCAGCCUCCUGCCAACCCAUCCUAUGCUGGAUCAGCUCCAGGAGGGUAUGGGGCAUCAGCUCCCACAGCGCCACCUGGUGGUCAUCCUUAUGGGGCUCCUGCCUCCAACACAGGCAUGGGAGGAAGUGUUGCUGGAUCUGGUGCCUUUAAACAAAAGACAGAGGGUACAGUUAAACCAUUCAAGAGUUUCAGUGCUGAAGCUGAUGCCCAGGUACUCCGAAAGGCCAUGAAAGGCUUAGGUACGGAUGAGAGAGCCAUCAUCGAUAUCUUGGCUUUCCGAUCAAAUGAGCAAAGACAGCAGAUAAAAGUCAUGUUUAAAACCUGCUUUGGUAGAGAUCUAAUUCAUGACUUGAAGAGCGAGCUAGGAGGCAAGUUUGAAGAUGUCAUAAUAGCUUUGAUGAUGAAACCAGAAGAAUUUGAUGCAUAUGAGCUGAAGAGAGCAAUGAAGGGUCUAGGAACAGAUGAGGAUGCUAUGAUAGAAAUCUUAUGUACCAGAAGUAAUAAAGAAAUUCAAGCUAUUAAUGCCUCCUACAAAACAUUAUAUAAAAGUCUCCUAGAGAAAGACAUACAGGGAGACACAUCUGGAAACUUUAAAAGACUGAUGAUAUCCAUGUCAGCGGGAGGACGUCAAGAGGGCCAGGGUGUAGACGUCAACAAAGCACAGCAAGAUGCACAGAGACUGCAUCAAGCGGGCGAGAAGAGGUGGGGUACUGAUGAAUCUACAUUCAACAUGAUCAUGGCCUCACAAAGCUAUGAGCAGCUGAAGGCUGUGUUUGAGGCUUACCAGAAACUCAGUGGAAAAGACAUAGAAAAGUCUAUCAAAAGUGAAAUGUCUGGAAACCUGGAACUGGGCAUGCUGGCUAUAGUGAGGUGUGUCAAGAGCAGGUCUGCUUAUUUUGCUGAGAAACUGUACAAGAGCAUGAAGGGUGCUGGGACUGAUGACCGUGGCCUGAUUCGUGUCGUUGUAACUAGGAGCGAGGUUGAUAUGGUACAGAUCAAACAACAAUUCCAAGCCAUGUACGGACAGUCAUUGGAUGCUUUCAUCAAGGGAGACACCUCUGGAGACUACAAGAAAGUACUGCUGGCAUUGGUGAGCCAGGGAGGCUACUAACCAAGUGGGGACAUACUGACUAAAUCUGAGCAAUCUGGCUGUGUACUACACAAAUGUCUUAUAAACUUUGGGGGUUGGGAACAAAUCUCAAGUCUGCAGCAUACUGUUUAUUAUUUUUCAUCUAGUAUGAAACUGAUUUUAAAAAAAAUUAAAAAAAUUUCAUCAAAAUGUACACAUCAAAAGUAAUGCCAAUGAUACUAACACAGGAGCCAUUUUUUGUGUUGUGUAAAACAUUAAGUCAAUUGGUAUAUAACAGUGUCUGACAAAUGGCAUGCUGGAGUCCUGUCUGUCCAUGUGGCGUAUACUACACUGCCCAAGUGUAUGAAAAUAAAGAUUGUCCAUUCUGUAUCUGUGGUGGUUAUUGACUGGCUAGUUAUAUACAUGUACAUAUAAUAUAUACCAGAAUUUACCACAACAAAUUUAUCAUUCAUAUAUCACAGAAUUUAGUCAGGGACCUAAUACACGAUUCUCUUCCUAUGGAAUAUGUUAGUCCUAUCCGUGUUGAACGUGCUGAGAUGUUGAUGACUAGGCUGAAGUGGAUAAGUGGUUCAUCCUGUGUAAACAUAAAUACAAUUGAAACUUUUAAAAUGGCAUUGUUGGUGCUCACUUUCAUAUGGUUAAGUACCCAAUUUUGGCUGUAAAUAAAAUCCAAUGAUUUUUUUCCCCCCUUUAAAUGUCUAAAAUGAAAACCAUUUAAUGAGUUGCUGUGUUAUUUACAGUAGUCAUGAGUUAAUACAAUUUCUGAACAAACUCUCUUUCCUUCAGUGUUUUGAUUAUUGUCGUAAAGAUAUUUUUAUUCACUUGAAGUGUGUUGAUUCUAAAUAAAUACUUUAAUCCUCCUGCAGAUUUGUACUGUUUGCCUGUUAAGUGAUUACCUAAUAUUGUUAAUUAUUUUGAUAAUUAUCUAAUUUAAGACUUCUUUACAUCAAGAUCAUCUCAAAGGUUUAUUUGUAUCUCUAGACAUUGGUGCCAUUGUACUUUGCUGUACGUUUUAGUGCUUUUUGAGGAACUAGUGUGUAGACUGUACCAUUAUGUAAAGUCAAAGCUCCAUAAUAGAUUAUAAUCCAUAUGCAGCUGGAUCGUUAUGAAUUAAUUAGGGUUGAAUAUCAAAUCAUUGUGUUUGUAUUUACAUGUAACACUGAAACUACAGUCUGGUGAUAACUGUGCCUUCAGAUGCUGGUUAUUUGUAAAAUAUGAUGUCUGAAACGGAAGGACGAGCUGCCAUUAAUAUUGCCAACAUGAAAACUUCAAUAACUUAUAAAGAAAAAUGGGUAGAGUCAAAAUCAUUUUAAUAAUUUGAAGGAAAUAAUGAAUCAGUCACAGUGUAUUAGAUAUAGAGGCAGAAUAUGCCUAACUAACUACAACACUUACAGGACAAGGGUUCUAGUGUUAGCUGCAUAAAAUGAACUAGUGAUUUGAGCAAAUGGUAUUCAAUGGUGUUUGUCAAACAAACAAAAACCAGUAGUCUUGGUUUUGCCAUUUUGAAACAAAUGAAUAGAAAAUAUAGACUGCAUAAAUUUUAUUUUAGUUUGAGAUUAAGUACAUUUUGAUGUCAGCGUGUGUUUACACAUAUACUUAAAUGUUGUAGUAUCAAAUUAGCAUAAUUUGUUGUGUUUGGAGUUCUUGGAUUAAGAACAUACUAUCUCAAAGGAUGUUUUGUUGAAAGUGCUAACAUGUAUGUUGUUAAAUAUAUAUAAUAUAUACGCUGUAGAGUUAUAUAAUCAGUUCCUCUCUGUAAUAUGUAUGUUUUCUUGUGUAGCCUUAGUUCCCACAGUGGUGUAAUCUCAGUCCAUUUAGCUACAUUUACUUGUGAUGUUCAUCGUUUAAUGUCAUCUGUUAGACUGAACAUUUUGUUUAUUAAAAUCUUCUCCUUCGUUGAUUUAUGCCUCAGGGAGAAAAAUGCAUAUUUGGGUAAAUAAACUUUUUUCCUGUCA